CAUAUUCAGAGCACCCAUUAAAUUAAGCAAACCAGGGGAACUCCGAGAAGAAUAUGAAAGCCAGCUAAGGAAGCUGAGAGAAGAAAAAGUGCAAGAAGAAAAAGCUCCCGAGGAUCUGAUUCACAAGUUCAUUCUAGAUGACAUGGAUGUAGGAAAAAGGAAAAUGGAAGAACAGAAAAAAGAGGAAUCUUUAGCACUUAAAGCGAACCAGGAGUGUUUUCCUGAGCGUCUUUCGGAUUCAGAGAAUGAAGAACCAUUCCAGGGCAAGCAAACGCAUCGGUCAGCUUUUGUUUCCAAGACCAGUGCCUACUCCUUUGCUUUCCUUUCAGGGAACUUAACCGCCAAGGUGGAAAGGAGCCGGAGCUGCAACGACACCAUUCAGGAGAGAUCAAAGAGCAGGCAGAGAUCAGCCCCAGCCAACAAAACAAAGGUGCAGCCUGUCACCAGCACAUCAACGCCGCUGGUUGGAGUUUUGUCGUCCACCCAAAACAACCGCUGCCUCUCCGCCCCGGACCUGACGGCAGAGAAGCGCCUGGUUCUCAACCCCGUUUCGUCCCUCUCGGCCCUGCACAAGCCAGAGCGAUCCAUCAGCCCCGAGAGCAAUGACAGCAUCUCGGAAGAGCUCAACCACUUCAAGCCUAUCGUCUGCUCCCCAUGUACUCCUCCGAAGAGGCUUCCUGACGGCAGAGUCCUGAGCCCUCUCAUUAUCAAGUCCACCCCGAGAAACCUGAACCGGAGCCUGCAGAAGCCAACCACCUACGAGGCCAGUCCUAGAAUACUGAAAAAAUGGGAGCAGAUAUUUCAGGAGCGCCAGAUCAAAAAGACUCUCUCUAAAGCGACCCUUACAUCCUUGGCUGCGGAGCCCGGGGAAGAUGUAAUAGUUCCUGACAUCACCAACUCCAGCGCUUGCCCUAAAGAGCAGCCACAAGUGCAGGAUGAUCAUCUUCCACCUGACACAACAGGAGACCCUCGCCCCGAGCUGGAUUUUUUUCCUUCCAUCAGUGAAACAAAGCUGGGAAGAGGGAGUGAGAAGAGCAGGGAUUCACAAGCCUUAACAACAGACGACAGCGUUGCCGAACCAGAUGCGAGAUCAAACGUCACCUCCCUAAACACACGAGUGGCCGAAGUCCCUGACCUAAAAGUGAACACGUUCAUGGACAAAUCCUGUCUUAGUCUCGGCCCAAAAAUGCUGAGCAGAAGACUCAUGGGCGUCAGCGCAUCGCUGCCUGACAACAGCACCCUUGGGGUCCCCGUCAAAACAUCAGGAAAAAAGCAGCUGAAAUACCUGAACAACAGCGAAUUGAUCAACGUGCAGAACAGCACCUGCAAUUCCGUUGAGAACCUCAUCGGGGAACAGCCCCCGUCGCUGAGACGGGGCCGGAAGAGACGCUGCAAAACGAAGCACUUGGAGCACAACGGCUCCGUCAAAAGACUGAGGCACGCGGCGGGGGAGGUGGGCCUGCCUCCGGAGGAUCGCCUGGUACGGGAGAUGGAGCAGAAGCUCCAGCAAGAGGAGGAGGACAGGAGGUUGGCCCUGCAUCUGCAGAGGAUUUUCGACAGCGAGAAUAGGACAGUGGAUAGGCGGAAAGUCAGAGUCGAUCGGUAUCUGCUGCGGUCGAAGAGCACUCUGGGUGCUAAGUAGCACUGGUGGACGAUGUUGCCUUUCUAGAGGACGAUGAGGUUUAUCAGAUUAUCUUAAAGGAAAACUAUUUUUUGUCAUACUUCCACCCACAACAAUUGUUUUUUCAUUUUGGUGGUAAGACAUUUGUAGGUCCAGUUCAGAGAGAAGCCAGAGUCCUUUCAGAUUAAAAAAAAAAAA